CCUGAACACCAGGUGACGGUGUUGAGGCACACAUAUGCAGAGCGCAUCGCCCAGCGAUCAGACAAGAAGAAGUUCAGAGUACGCAGCUGCGCUUGUAUUGAUCAACUGUGAAAAAAUGUCAGAACCGAGGGCUUAUAAGAAUCCCUAUCCAGAUUACACAGGACCUGGAUGUGCUCAAGACUUCUUUGACAUGCAGGGAAAUUUGACCCAUAAUUUCGCCAGCUGUAUCAGCAGUAACAUCCGAGAACUUUUGGCUAUCAUGGAGAAUGGAUUGAAGAAUGCUGAUCCCAGAGACUGUACUGGCUACACAGGAUGGGCAGGCAUUGCAGUGCUGUAUCUGCAUCUCCACAGUAUCUUUGGAGAACCCAUGUACCUUCAGAAGGCGCUGGAGCACGUCAGCCGCAGUCUGAGGAGUUUAACCCAGCGCUGGGUGACUUUCCUGUGCGGGGACGCGGGGCCGCUGGCUGUAGCAGCUGUGGUCUAUCAUCGCCUUCAGAAACCCCAUGAGGCAGAGGAGUGUGUGAACAGACUCAUGCAGUACCAUCAGUCGGUGGUUCAGGGGAAAGGCAAACUUCCAGAUGAGCUGCUGUACGGUCGGGUGGGCUACCUGUACUCCCUCAUCUACAUCAACCAGCAGUUUCAUCAGGAGAAGAUUCCCAUCCAAUACAUACAACAGAUCUGUGAAGCUAUAUUGGCAUCUGGGCAGAGCCUGUCUCAGAGGAACAGGCUUCAGGAUCAAAGCCCUCUAAUGUACGAGUGGUAUCAGGAGGAGUAUGUAGGUGCCGCUCAUGGACUGUCAGGAAUCUACUAUUACCUAAUGCAGCCUGGUUUUGUUGUCGGCGAGGAGAGGGUUUUGUCUCUGGUCAGACCCAGCGUGAAUUACGUGUGUCAGCUACGGUUUCCAUCUGGCAAUUACCCACCAUGUGUCGGGGAUUCCCGGGACCUUCUGGUGCACUGGUGUCACGGGACACCGGGUAUGAUCUACAUGUUAAUUCAAGCUUUUAAGGUUUUUGGUGUGAAGCAGUAUUUGGAGGACGCGCUGCAUUGCGGGGAGGUGAUCUGGCAGAGAGGUCUUCUGAAGAAGGGUUAUGGACUUUGCCACGGAGCUGCCGGGAACGCUUACGGCUUCUUGGCCUUAUUUAACAUCACUCAAGACCCCAAACACCUUUUCAGAGCCUGUAUGUUUGCAGACUGGUGCAUGAAUUAUGGAAAACAUGGCUGCCGGACUCCAGAUACACCAUACUCUCUGUUUGAAGGCAUGGCGGGCACGAUUUACUUCCUGGCCGACUUGCUGCAACCAACCAGAGCAAAGUUUCCUGCGUUUGAGGUGUAAAGCUGAUCCGGGGCCAGUCUAGUUUGGUGCAACAGUAAUGGCAGACAUCUGUCAAGCUGACCCCACAUCAGAAGCGAGCAGAGUAACCUGAGCCGCCGGGCGUCUUUACGAUCUGGAGUUCUCUAAGAUGUGUCGACGACCCUUGAGGUGCUACCAGUCCUCAAUGAGGUACAGCGGAGAAACUCAACACCCAACCCACCCCCAAAACGACCGUCUAAAUAUAGAUCUCAUCUGUCCAGGGGUGUGGCUUCAGUUGCAUGGCUUCUACAGUUCAGAAGAGUGAAUGUCUCAAGGCAAGAAUGGAAUUUCUUCCCAGUGGACUUCUGUUUGUUGGUUGUAGUAACAUCUAACAGACUCGAGCUUGGAAAAAUAAAACCGCAACACUUAUUAUAUGGGCCGAACAGAAUAGGCCUACUUACAAGCUUACAAACAAUACAUGAAAUCUUUAUUAAAGCAUCUUAGAUUAAUCCAACAUACAGUAAAUGUGAAUUUCUGACAUUUAUACACCGUCAUGUCAUUCAAAAUCUGAGUCUUCUGCUGAACUCGAAAGAAGAUAUUUUGAGAAAUCGCUCGGUAGUUUUGUGUUCAUACAAUGGAAGCCAACGAGGGCCAGUGUUGUUUGAUUACCAUCGCUCUUCAAAAUAUCUUCUCUUGUGUUCUGCAGAAGAAAGAAAGUCAAACAGGUUUGGUUUGAUCUUGCACCAUCUGUUGUGCAUUCAAAUUUUGUUUUAUAUUGCCAAGACGCUGAACAAAUAAUCAAACAGACAUUAGUUCAUCACAUUACUUUUCUUUGUGUGCAUACAAAAUCGCUGUGUAGUGUAUGAUGGCACAAUCUGCUCCCCCUCAUAUCACGAGGGAAAGUAGGCUACAGAUUGGGAUGAAAGGCACAUAAGGAUUAAUGAAAAUGUUAAGGAGCUUGUCGUGAUGAGGAAUAUAGUGCACUGUGGUGCUACAAGUACACCCCAGCUAAAUAAGCAAUAACAAAUAAUAACAAACUAAUGGGGAAGACACGCAACAACCCUCUCAUGACUUAUCUUGUAAUUGCCCAGACAUUAGUAUUAGAACAUAAAAUAUAUCACAAAUACAUUUUAAUGGUAAACAUCAGAUCAGAUUUAUGUAUGUAACUCUAGAGAGAUACUAUUGGGGCAAUUUUGGACACAAUAGUGAACAAUUAUUGUCUGAGUAAUUUCUUUGGAAUUUGUUUUCCCCAACUGAUCCCAAGAUCUUCACACAGGUGUGAGGUGUCCUGCAGGAGUAGCCACAGGUGUGUAAUUUAUCACAUUGACUAUGAACAUGUUCCACUAAUAUUUGAAAACCAGAAUGUGUCAAAAUGAUGUCUGUUAUUUUCAUCACAAUGACUCCCACAAAGCAAUGCUGUAGCCUACUAGAUGCCGUACAAGAAUCAUUUUCAGUUCUCCAAAGAAAGGUUUCUGCCAGUGUUUUUUGUUUUUUGCAUGUAGGCCUGAAAGGUCCAAAAUGGCCCAAAAGAACCUUUAUUUUAAAGUGCUGUUGUCGUCACAUGACAUCAUUAGCCUACCUGAGUGGUGUCAAGUGAUUGUUUAAUGAUAAGAGAUAUGUCAUAUUUUUAAUCAAAGUGUUGCCAGUCCUUUAAAAUAGUCGAAGCUUUGGUACGAGUAAUGAAUAUUAAGCUAUUUAUUCAGACACACCCGAGUUAAAACGGUGCUCAUUUAAUGUCAACAGAUACUUGUAAUGUUUUAAUGCUAAUCGUUAGUAACAUUAAUGUUUUAAUGGAACUAAAUACUUUUAAUGCUAUACUAAAUCCAGACCUUACUUUCGCAUUUGUGGUGGGAAAUAUCCCACUUUAUUGUUUGAAAUGCAUAAAUUACAUACUGCACAGGCACACUGUUUUGCAUAGUGACGGUAGAUGGGCAUUCUACAGAAUUCGUGCAAACUGCUGUCCCAUAUUAAAAAAACAAGUAUUCGAAACUUAGUUGUUUACUAAGACCUUUCUAUUAUCUAUUGAAACCCACAAUAAUAUUUAUAAUAUCAGUAAUCUUAAUAUAUUUAAAAUCAUAAUUUCUUGGGUACUUUCAAUUGGGAGAUGGGUGUCCCGAA